AUGCAAAAAGAAUAUUCAUCCAGUAUUCUACAUCAAUCCAAUCCGAGUCAUAACUCAUUCAAGAAAACAAAAUUACCCCCCCAAAAAAUCAAUAAAAUUAUUGAACGUUUAACAAACUAUGAUAAAACAAUUGGACCACCUGAAUCAAAUAGUGAAAAAAUUUAUUUAGGUUAUGGAAGAUAUGAAUAUCCACAUAGAAAAUAUAUAAAUAAUGAAUCUAAAAAAUUAACUAAAACUGAGAUAGAUAAUUUAAUUGAAAGAUUAAAAAAUGAAAAAUUGCCAAACCUACCAAAUACUCCAUCUUAUCCAAAUACUAUUUCAUCUAUGAAAUGUAAUUCAAAGAAAUUACAAGAAAUUAUUGAACAUUUAACUGCUUAUAAUCAAUCCAAACUUCCUAUAGAAUCAACAUUAGCUAGAAAAUAUCUUGGCUUUAAUCGUUAUGAUUAUGGUUGGUCAUUUGAAAAUCAAGCUAAUUUAACAAUGAAGAAGUUAACUAAAGAAGAAAUUCUAAAUGUUAUUGAACGUUUAUCACAAUAUGAUAUCAAUAAAUAUCCACCAGAAUCUAAAGGACAUAUUAAGAAAUUAUGA